AUGGAGUGCGAGGACUCGUCUGUCGCCGUCCCAAACUGUCACUCCCCUUUCUCCCGGCCGGGGCGCGCGCCCACCACCAGCAGAAUCGAGCGGGACGACGAGCCGCCUCGCCCCAGUCUGGGCAUCGCCCUCAACGGCGGAGGCGCCAGGGCGCACGCGGGUUCUUGGGGCUUCAUGCGUGCAAUGCACCAUCUCGGCCUCCUUUCGGAGGCGACUCAUAUCUCUGGCGUGAGCGGCUCGGGCUGGACGGUGGCGCACCUCGCCUACUCCUCCGACCCGCUGGACGAGGUGCUCACAACCUCGCGCCUCCCGACGCCAGCCAGUGCGCUGCCCGACUACAGCAGCAAGGAGGGGCGGGCAGAGCUCGAGAUUAUGCCGUGGGGCCGCCUCGGCGCGUCGACGUGGAUAUCCAUCGGGGACUACACCAAGCUGCGCUCCUGGACGCUGAGUGCCUCGUUCGCGUGGACCUGCUGCUGCGACCCGCAUGAGUUUUGGCUCUGGAUGAUCGACCAGAUCUACCUCAAGCCGAACGGCAUCGCCUCCUCCUCUUCAUACACCAUCUUCUACCCAACGGGGCCGCUGCCAAAUACCGACGGGGCCGCUGCCAAAAAGUACCCGGUGGUCAUGUUUCACCGUGGCUCUAGAGGCUACACCAAGGGGUAUGAUAAGUGGAUGGAGAGCGUUGCGAAGCAAUGCCUGAUCGUCAUUGCGCCCGUCACCGAAAAGACCACCAAUCCUACGUGCAAGCGGGACGACGACCUGCUCAUCGCCGUGCAGUGGGCCAGAGCGCACCCUCAUGCGUUGAAGGCGGUGGCUGACUGGGAUCGUGUCGCGGUCUCAGACCUACAUUCUAUAUUCCAGAAUGGCAUUCUUCGAAAUAGAAUGGGCGCCGCAGCGGCCCGUAGCGGCGCCCCCUGCGUGCCCACGGCCACCCCGGGGCCAUGGGACAUCCCCCCGGCCAUCGGGGAUGCUUGGUUUAUCCAUUACCCCAUUUACACGGGCUGUGUUGCGGCGCGCCUCGAGACGCGCAGCGCAGCGCAGCGCGCAGACCACAAACCAGAUAUAAGAAGACGGCCGUGGCGACACCCGCUCUCUGAGCGACAGCCCCGCAAAGGGCACUCGCUCGCAGGCGAGGACUACGGGCAGCACAGGCAGCAGCAGAGCUGGCGGUCCGUCUCCCCGCCCGCUUAG